AUGCGGCUUAUCAACAAGCUGAACGAAUCUGCGGAGCUCACCCUGCAGCAAGUUGUGGAGCAAUGUAACAGCUUGGUCAAUCUCAAGCAGGAUACAGUGUUGGUGGAAAGCUGCUCUUCGGCGGUCAAUGCGGUCGCAUUCUCCAAGCGAAAGAAACCAAAACAUCGAUCGCCUUCGGAUAGCAGCAAUAACCGCGAUCAGCCAAAAACGCCAUGCUGGUCCUGCGGCGGGAUGCACUUCAAUAAAGAUUGUCGGUUUCGUGACCAUCGGUGCAACAAUUGCGGGAGACACGGACACCGUGAAGGGUAUUGUGCAUGCUUCUCGUCGAAAACAAGCCAUACUGCAAGCAAUCAUCCAGACAAAUUUAACAAGAGAAGACAUCAACCAUCGGCAAAAGCUGUGUCAGUUAGGACCAUCGGUAAUCGUCGUAAAUUUGUCGAACUCCAAAUCAACAAUGUUCCUCUUCGUCUGCAGUUGGACACAGGAUCCGACAUCUCCAUUAUUUCACACCAAUCGUGGAUUAAAAUCGGCCAACCAAAAGCAAAAUCAGUAGAGUGCACUGCCAGGACAGCAUCCGGAGAGCCACUGCACUUAAUGGCUGAAUUGGAGUGCAACAUUACCUUCAACGGCACCACCAGCGAGGCCAAUCAGCGAAUCGUUUCACUUCAAACACAGUGUGCAGAAGUAUUUACGAAUGAGAUGGGACUCUGUAACAAGUCCCCGGUCAAGCUGGUUCUCAAAGGAGAUCCGAAACCGGUGUUCAGGCCGAAACGACCGGUGCCAUACUCCAUGAAGCAAGUAGUAGAAAACGAACUGAUCCGUUUACAGAUCUUAUGUAGAUUGAAGAAAGUGGAUUUUAUCGACCACACGGCACCAAUCGUCGAGGUACGAAAACCAAACGGAACCGUUCGUAUCUGCGCUGAUUAUUCUACCGGCCAUAACAGUGUUCUCGAGCCAAACCAAUAUCCGUUGCCAUUGCCCGAGGAUAUUUUUGCAAAGAUGGCCAACUGUCGGAUUUUUAGUCAUGUGGACUUAUCCGAUGCUUACCUCCAAGUAGAGGUGGAUCAAUCCUGCCAACCUCUCCUGACCAUCAACACCCAUAAAGGCCUCUUCCAGUAUACACGCUUGUCACCUGGCAUCAAGUCUGCCCCGGGUGCUUUCCAACAAUUAAUGGACACUAUGCUAGCCGACCUCGAGUAUACCGUUGGUUACUUGGAUGACAUCCUUGUGGGCGGCCGCAACGAAGAAGAGCAUCAGCGAAACUUGCAACGUACCCUCCAGCGUCUCAAAAAGUACGGGUUCACCGUGCGCAUCGAGAAGUGCAGCUUUGGAAUGCAGCAAGUCAAGCACCUAGGACAAAUUUUAGACGGUAGUGGAAUUAGGCCAGAUCCAGGGAAAAUUUCAGCUAUCGUUAGUAUGCCUCCUCCACACGAUGUAUCUUCGCUUCGUUCCUACUUAGGUGCCAUAAAUUAUUAUGGCAAAUAUGUCAAAGAGAUGCGCACUCUACGACACCCUAUGGAUCAGCUGUUAAAAGCCGGAGCAAACUUUGAAUGGUCACCAGCAUGUCAAGCAUCGUUCGAUCGGUUUCGGGAGAUACUCCAGUCGCCGUUACUACUGACCCAUUACAAUCCAAAUUUGGGCAUCAUUGUUUCGGCGGACGCAUCCGCAUUUGGGUUGGGAGCCCGAAUUGCGCAUCAAUUUCCGGACGGGACGGUUAAAGCUGUAUACCACGUAUCCCGUAGUUUAACGGCAGCUGAAUGGAAUUAUAGUCAAGUGGAAAAGGAAGGCUUGGCUCUUAUCUUUGCAGUGACCCGGUUCCAUCGAAUGCUUUUCGGUCGGAAGUUUAUCCUCGAAACUGAUCACAAGCCGCUAUUGUCUAUUUUCGGAUCGAAGAAGGGAAUUCCAACGUACACGGCAAAUCGGCUUCAAAGAUGGGCAUUGACGUUACUCCUGUAUGAUUUUGAUAUUCGUUAUAUUUCAACGGAAAAUUUCGGGUACGCUGAUGUUUUGUCCAGAUUAAUAAACCGUCAUAUUCGCCCAGAUGAGGAGAUCGUAAUCGCCAAUCUCGAAAUGGAAAGCUCGAUCAGAAAGGUAAUUAGCGAAUCUGAUAUAUUUCCGCUAUCGUUCAAGAUGGUGCAAGCGGAAACUAAAACCGAUGACACACUUCAACAAGUUAUUCGGUUCGUCAACACAAGUUGGCCUUCGAAGAAAAAGGAUCUGUCAGAUCUCCAAAUUCAACAGUAUUAUCUACGGCGUGAUUCGCUCACUAUAGUAGACAAUUGUUUAAUGUACGGGGAACGAUUAGUAAUUCCACCGAAAUUCCGUAAACGAGUACUCAAACAGUUACCCGGGCGUGGAACGAAUGCGAUCUAUUUCAAGACAUCGAACGGCCUCGCGGAAAGGUUUGUUAAUACUUUUAAAAGGUCGCUCAAGAAAAUAACGGCAGGAGAAGCAUUAGAUGAAGCCAUCGACAUUUUCCUCCAAUGUUAUCGAUCGACACCAUGCCGCAGUGCACCGGAUGGAAAAUCUCCUGCAGAGUUAUUAGUAGGUAGGCCUGUCCGAACAUCACUAGACUUUUUACGUCCACCUUCGCAAUUCUAUACGAACAAGCAUCCUAAGCAAGAAGACCAAUACAACCGAAAGCAUGGCACAAAGUCAAGAACUUGCAGUCCGCACGACCUUAUCUGGGCUAAAGUAUUCCGGAACAACAAAUGGACCUGGGAAGCUGGAUCAGUUGUGGAGCGUCUAGGAGAAGUAAUGUACAACGUGUGGUUGGAAACGAAACAGCAGCUCAUCAGAUCACAUUGUAACCAAUUGAGAACACGUCAUCAAUCCGAUGGACCGAAGCAUUCGCAAACAUCAGAAGACAUUGGGGUGCCUCUGGAUAUUCUGCUGGAUGGUUGCGGUCUUAAUACAACAACGGAUCCGGAGUACCAACAGGAGACUACUGAAGGUGUUCCUCCAGAACAUCAGCAGCGCUCUGAAUCUCAAAAGCAGCACCAUCCCUCAAGUAACAUAAGAAAACCACCGAUUUCCACUCGUCAGUCUACGAGGAUUCGUAGACCACCCGUGAGGUAUGAACCUUAUCAACUGUUCUAG